AUGGCGCCGCAGGAGCUGCAGCAAGAGCUACACAGCAUCCGCCGCGAUCUGCUGCUGGGUGUUGCUGCUAUCUUCGAGGAGAUACAAGACGAUAGAUAUUUGCUGCCGGUGCUGCAGCAGCCGCCGCAGCCGCCAGUGCAGCAGCAGCAGCAGCAGCAGCAGCAGCAGCAGCAGCAGCAGCAGCAGCAGCGGGAGGGAACGCUCGCGUCGCCGUCUACAUGGGCGUCAUACAGUGAAAGCAGCAGCAGCAGCAGCUGCUGCAGCAACAGCGGUCUAGCUCCAACAGGGGGCGGAACAGCAGCAGCAGCAGCAGCAGCAGCAGCAGGAGCAGCAGCAGCAGCAGCAGGUACCCUGGAUGGUUCUGCUGCUGCUACAGGUCCCUUUGGCAGCAGCAGAAACGACGAGUUGUUAUCUACCGAUACCGAAGCAAAAGAAGCAGCAGCAGCAGCAGCAGCAGCAGCAACAACAACAGCAGCAGCAGGAGAACCCCCUUCAACCUCCUCCUCCUCCUCCUCAGCAGCAACAGCAGCAGCAGCAGCAGCAGCAGCAGCAGGAGCAGCAGCAGCAGCAAACGAAGGUUUAGCAUUGGAGUUAGAGUACAUAAGCCCAGUAGGAAAAGAAGGCAGCACGUUCCUUGUUGCUGCUCUUGAGGGUCACCUGCUGCUGCUGCGGUCUCACCGCUGCUGCCAGGAGGGGGGCUGGUGGUCCACUGAGUUUCUAUCGCGCCGGGAUGUCCGGACCACUGUGCAUGCAGACUUGUUUCUGCUGCUGCCGCUACACAGGCUGCAGCAGGCGCUGCAGGCGGGGUGCUCCUGCUGCAGCAGCAGCAGCAGCAGCAGCAGCAGUGGUGCUGCUGGUGGUGGUGGGGGGGGUAAUGAUGUGCAACGAACUGCUGUUGAUGGGAUUCAAAUGCAGCAGCAGCAGCAGCAGCAGCAGCAGCAGUAUGAACAGCAGCAUGACCAGCAGCAGCAGCAGCAGCAACAGCAACAGCAGCAGCAGCAGCAAGAGUGCAAGUGUAUGUGUGCUGCACAUGCACAGCUGGCUGAGGUGUAUGAAGAGGAGGAAUCUGAGUUGAUGAUGCAGCAAGCGCUGCAGGCAGGCUGCUCCUGCUGCAGCAGCAGCAGCAGCAGCAGCAGUGGUGCUGCUGGUGGUGGGGGGGGUAAUGAUGGGCAACGAACUGCUGUUGAUGGGAUUCAAAUGCAGCAGCAGCAGCAGCAGCAGCAGCAGCAGCAGCAGCAGUAUGAACAGCAGCAUGACCAGCAGCAGCAGCAGCAGCAGCAGCAGCAACAGCAGCAGCAGCAGCAGCAGCAGGAAUGCAAGUGUAUGUGUGCUGCACAUGCACAGCUGGCUGAGGUGUAUGAAGAGGAGGAAUCUGAGUUGAUGAGCAGCCGCUGCAGCGCAGCAGCAGCAGCAGCAGCAGAUGACAACUGCAUGCAUUUGUUCGAUAGCAGCAAGACAGGGGGAGCUUUGCUGCUGCCUGUUUGUCUCCGCGAUAAAACAAAUGUAUUAUUUUGUCCUUGCAACUUCGUGACGCGUGUAGCUGUGCUGCGGCCGCAGCAGCAGCUGCAGCAGCAGCUGCAGCUGCUGCAUCAGCAGCUGCUGCAGCCGCUGCUGCACCUGCUCCCAGCAUCUGUUGCAGCAGAGUGGGUACGAGACUCUAUCAAUGGGGGCCCCUUUCUUCUUCCUGCUGCUGAGGUAGCUAGGCUGAGGACGCUGCAGCGGAUAGCUGCUACUGCUCCUUGGUGGCAUGCACGGGCGCAGCAGCUGUAUGAGCAGCAGCACAGCGGAUAG